AUGGCCGACCAAAGAACUGCCUCUCAGGAGGCUAACACUUUGAACACUCAGGAAUCCGCUGAGGAAAAGGCUCAGAGCCUCAACCACAAGGAGGUCAACGACUCCCUGUCGGUGUCUUCAGAUGCUCCUUCUGAGGUGGUGAUCAAGUCGUUUGGCAUUCGCAGGGUCGAACUCAUUAUGGCUCAAAUGACUCGCCCAUGGCAUAAGGUGUUGUUCUGUUUCUUCAUCUUUUUCGGAAUGUUUAUCAUCUCGGUUGACAACUCUGCGGUUGCUGUGUUCGUUGGCUAUGCAACAAACUCAUACAAACAGCACUCAUUGAUGUCCACAAUUGGGGUGAUAAGAGGUGUUGCUGCUGGAGCAUCGAUGCCCUUUUACGCUAGAGCUGCCGACAACUUUGGCCGUCUCCCAUUGUAUAUGUUUGCGUUGAUUUUCAAGCUUAUUGGCCUCGUUGUUCAGGCCCACGCUACCGAUAUCCAGAAGUAUGGUGCUGGAACGGUGUUCUAUGCUUUGGGAAACUCGGGCUUGGCUGUUUUGUGGCAGCUUAGUUUGUCUGAUGCUACGACUUUGAAAUACAGGGUUUUGGCUGUUGCAUGCAUGAGUAUGCCCCAAAUCAUUAACACCUGGGCGAUUGGUGACAUCAACGAUGAAAUUUUGACACACCACACUUGGGCUUGGGGUAUUGCUCUCUGGGCUUAUGUCUCCUCCUUGGUCUGCUUGUUAUAUGCUGUGAUGUAUCUCGUUUUGAUCUUAAAAGCAAGAAGAACAGACGCUUGGAAGCAGAUCAACCAGGAGGAACACGCAAGCUUCAUCGAAGGAAGUCCCAGGGCAGAAAGAUACCACCUUGAGCUCAGCACCAGUGACAGUGUUAUAGGGAAAUUGAAGGGCUACGCAAAGUGGUAUUGUCUUCGUGGACUCGAUAACCUCCAUGCGUUCUUUUGGAAGGUCGAUUUUGUGGGCUGCCUCUUGCUUGCAGUGUCUCUUGGACUUCUUUUAGUUCCAUUGACACUUGCUGGCGGAAUGCUGACAAAGUGGAAAAAAGCAUCUAUAAUUGUCCCUCUUGUGAUGACCAUUGUUGCACUCGCUGUGUUCAUUAUUUGGGAAACAAAAAUCACCAAACGUCCCUUACUUCCUUGGAAAGUGAUGAAGGACCGUGGUAUUUGGGCAGGCUUUCUUGUUGGGCUCUUCACCUGCUUUAUCUACGGAAUGCCUAAUGACUACGCUUACCCGGUAAUGCUAGUGGGUAUGAACGCUACGAUUACUGUUGCAACCAGAACCCCUGCUCUCAAGGGAUUUACGGAGGCUAUUGCUAUUCCAAUAUUUGGUCUUGCUAUCAGCAGAAUCAGGAGAACCAAAGCCAUUAUUCUUUUUGGAGUGGUGUUGAUUUUCUUAUCUUCUGGCCUCUUCGUCCACUUUAGAGGAUCCAAUGAUGGAAUCCGUGACAAAUAUUUCCGUGACGGUGUCGCCAUUUCAAUGUGUUUCCUCGGUGUUGCCAACGCAUGUCUCCUUAGAGUAGCUGCUGCUUCGAUUCAAUCAUGCACCAAUCACGAAUACAUGGGUGUUGUGACGGCUAUCUUCUCCAUGAGUUACACCAUUGGUUUGGCUAUAUCGAACAGUGUUUCUGGUGCCAUUUGGACUCAGCAGAUGUAUCAAACCAUUGCUAGAAAGAUGACAGAGUUGGGCGUAGACCCAACCCUCGCAAUGAAUGCUUAUGCCGAGCCUUACACCUUUAUUAUGACUAGUCCUUGGGGUACACCAGCGAGAAGAGCAGUUAGUAUGGCUUACGCUGAGAUUCAGAGAAAGCUCUCCAUUGUCGGUGUUUGUCUCUGCGUGGUGUUGCUUGUGUGUGUUCUCUUAUUGAGAGACCACGUACUUCCAGAGAGCCAGAACUUGGGAGACGCCGACAUGAAGACCAGUGAUCCUGAACAAGCCAAGGAGGCUGCCAUCCGCAACAAGUCCCGUGUGGUCUUCACUGACGACAAGGACUACAUUUUAAUAUACUUGAAAAAGUUAUGGCCCUUUGGAAAGAAGUAA